AGCGUGUUUGAGUUGCGUGUGCACCACGCGCAGGCGGUGGUCUCGGCGUGGAGGACGCAGCCGUGAAGGGAGCAGAGCCUGCUCCGGCAGAGCCGAGCCCUGGUGGGUGAGACAGACUGACUGGAAGCCAAGUGAAGAAGAGAAAUCCAUACCGCCUCCCGAUGACGGGGUGCAGCACCGUGUCUGCCAUGCAGUACGCCGCGGGCGUGCCCCCCGCCCUGGUGCGGAGAGGCCUCCUUGGACGGGACUUCCUGGCGACCAGGACGCUGUGCAGCCCGGGCCCCGGGCGGCCCCGAGAGGAGAGACCCGGGGAGGAGGCCCUGCGGCUGCCCCAGCGCCUCGCGGUGCAGGGACGGGCCCUGGGCCACCGCCUGCAGCAGCGCGCCGCCGCCAAGGCCUCCGCCUGGUGGGAGAGAUACGAAGAGUUUGUGGGGCUCAACGAGGUCCGGGAGGCCCAGGGAAACGUGGCGGAGGCCGAGAAGCUGUUCAUGGUGGCUCGAGGGCUGGUCCGCGAGGCUCAGGAGCAGCUGGACGCGCAGCAGGCCAAGCUGAAGGAGGUGAGGGACCGCCUGGACCGCACCCCCAAGGAGGACAGCCAGUACCUGGAGCUGGCCACCCUGGAGCACCGGAUGCUGCAGGAGGAGAAGAGGCUGCGCACGGCCUACCUGCGGGCCGAAGACGCCGAGCGGGAAAGGUUCUCCCUCUUCUCCGCGGCCGUGCGGGAGAGCCACGAGAAGGAGCGCACGCGGGCCGAGCGGACCAAGAACUGGUCCCUCGUCGGGUCGGUCCUGGGGGCCCUGAUCGGCGUGGCCGGCUCCACCUACGUGAACCGCGUGCGGCUGCAGGAGCUGAAGGCCUUGCUGCUGGAGGCCCAGAAGGGGCCCGCGAGCCUCCAGGAGGCCAUCCGGGAGCAGGCGUCCCGCUAUUCCCUCCAGCACAGGGACCUCCACGACCUCAUAGCGGACCUGCGGGGCCUGGUCCAGGCCGAGCCGGGGCCGAGCUCCGGGUCCCAGGCAGGCACCCCCGCCCGAGACCGCGACGCAGACGUCCUCUCAGCCGCCCUGCGAGAGCAGCUCAGCCACUCCCGGCAGGUCCGCUCCUGCCUGGAGGGUCUGCGGGAGCAGCUGGACAGCCUGGAGAAGACGCUCGGCCAAGUGGCCGGGGUGGUGCGGCUGGCGAAGGCCGCAGACCCGGCUCUGCCUGGCUCCGCGCUGGAGCCGGGGGGCCUGGUCUUGGUGCUGCCGGACAUGGAGCAGCGGCUGGAAGCCCGGGUCAACAGGAACACCAUCUACAGCACGCUGGUCACCUGCCUGACCGUCGUGGCCACCAUGCCGAUGCUCUACAUGCUGUUCAGGGCCAGCUAGCCCGCCCCUGCUCAGAGGGCCUCGGCCGGCGGGUGUGGAUGCAGCCGAGGGUCCUGGUGGUGAAGGGACGCUUGGGGGUCACACGCCACCCCAGCCCGAGUGUGGGCACCGUCUGUGGUGCACGGCGGACAGACACACUUUCCUCCGUAGGCAGUGCUCAUCUAAAUUAACUAAGAAAACUUUGUGCUGACAUCUCAUUAAAAUAUCUUUGAGUUUAUAUUAUUUAAAGUAA